CUCAAGCAUACAAAAAACAAAACGGGUAUUUUCCAGAAAAGGAUCUUAACAAUGGAGUCCUUGCGGAAAAUUAAGGAAGACGAUCCUCCCUCUAGCUCACUCAACAUUACAUCUGUUGUCUAACGUCUACCAGUUGAGAGAGAGACAGAAAGAGAAUGAUUUGGUUGUUCUUCCUAUGAACCAAAGGCAAAGACAACCUCACCCUUUUCGAAAAAUCCAAGCCCGGGUUCGCACAAGCACUAGGAUAGUAGGAUGUCUUGUUUUGUAAGCAGCAUCCAGGAUAUCAUGCCAAAAGCCCUUCGGGUUCCACACUACAAGCAAUGACAGCAAGAAACCGACAAUGGUUUCCAACUUUUGCUGUCGAUCAAUCCUAAGAUGUCACCACUAAAUUUUGUGACAAACAAAGACCCUCUUCGAAAAGCUCAGUUUUAUGACAAAUUUCCAUCAAUUUUUAUUCUCUAGUUUGUUUAACUUUUUCCUUUGGCUGCUCCGCCCCCUGCAGACUACAAAACUACUCCAUUGCCCAUUUCUCUGUUUCAAUUUCUGCCCAUCUACAUUAGGAGGCAAAGACAAUGGCUGCUUUCUCAUAUCCAGCCUCAUAUAAUAUAUUCAGGUGCUCUUCCAAUAGAGACAAUCAUGACCACAAGCAGAAGCUGAAUAACAUCAGAAUUGUUGGUGCAUCUGGGAGGAGCUCUACAAAGGCUGAUACACUGAGCCAAAUGGCUGGAGUGGCAAACACAUUCAAUUCAAUCUCCAAUCCUGUUGUGGAAAAUGGCUGCAUAGCCAAGGAGGAGCUUCGACAGAAUAUUCCGACGAAGAAGCAAUCAGUGGAUCGUCAUCGUCAAGGGAUCAUCAUUGAAGGAGGUGUCGGGUACAGGCUGACUGUUGUCAUUAGGUCCUAUGAAGUUGGUCCUGAUAAAUCUGCAACUCUUGAGAGCAUCCUGAAUCUUCUUCAGGAAACAGCAUUAAACCAUGUGUGGAUGUCUGGACUUCUGGGCAAUGGAUUUGGUGCCACACGCGGAAUGGUAAGGAACAAUCUCAUAUGGGUUGUCUCAAGGAUGCAGGUUCAAAUCGAUCACUACCCAAUCUGGGGAGAGAUUGUGGAAAUCGACACAUGGGUUGGAGGAUCAGGGAAAAAUGGGAUGCGGCGGGAUUGGCUAAUCCGAAGUCAAGCCACAGGCCAUGUAUUUGCACGUGCCACCAGCACCUGGGUGAUGAUGAACCAGCAAACAAGACGGCUCUCAAAGAUGCCAGAAGAGGUGAGAGCUGAAAUAUCACCCUGGUUCAUAGAGAAGCAAGCAAUCAAAGAAGAGUGUCCAGAGAAAAUCAUUAAGUUGGACAAUAAAGCAAGAUAUAUGAACUCCAAUUUGAAGCCCAAGAGAAGCUAUUUGGACAUGAAUCACCAUGUAAACAAUGUGAAGUAUCCGAGAUGGAUGCUUGAGACGAUUCCGGAUGAGAUUUUGGAGUCCCACCAACUAUCAAGUAUCAUACUAGAGUAUAGAAAGGAAUGUGGGAGUUCAGAGAUAGUCCAGUCACUUUGCCAACCCGACGAAGAUGGAAUUUUGAAAGAUGGAUUGAGACAAAAUAAUGACAUUAGUCUACUCAAUGGAUUUUCCCUGGCAUCCGAAAUCCUGGGCUCGUUUGAGAAGCUACCAUUAAGGUAUACACAUCUCCUCCAAGCUGCAGGUGAGCGUCAAAAUGAAGAGAUUGUUAGAGGAAGAACUACAUGGAAUAGAAAGAUGCCCAUCAUGCCUUUCUCCACCUAG